AUGUAUCAUCAAUGCAUAACCGUCAAGCUCACCGUCCAGAAUAGGCAGGCUAAGGUCUCGGUGGUGCCGUCGUCGGCCGCACUGGUCAUCAAGGCCUUGAAAGAGCCCGAGCGCGAUCGCAAGAAAACCAAGAACAUCAAGCACAACGGCAACAUCUCCAUUGAUGACGUCAUCGAGAUUGCCAAGGUUAUGAGGAACAGAUCCAUGGCCAUGGAGCUGGCCGGCACGGUGAAGGAGAUUCUCGGAACCUGCGUCUCGGUGGGCUGCACGGUCGACGGAAGGAACCCUAAGGACAUCGCCGACGGUGACGUCGAGAUCCCUCUCGACUGA